CAUGGGUUCUACUUGAUUCGCUGCCUUGGGUCUCCUCACUCCCGGGGUGGAGUCCUGUACGAAGUGUCACCCUCAGGGGCAGCUUGGGCCUUCCCAUCUUCGCGCGGGCCACAAUUCUGGGGUCAGCCCCACUUGACCUCCUAAAAGAUCGCUUCUACGGAGCCUGGCCCAAGGCCCCUCCAGCCCAGCCACUUAAUGAGAGAGAAGAACCUUUGCCCACUAGACGUUCCCUGACGGAUCUCUGAGAAUUUCCUCAGAAGGAAGAGCAAUCCGGGGAAGCCACCUCCGGGGGAGAAAGUCGGCGGCGACCUGUGAUAGCGCGCGAGAUGGCGCCAGGGCGCGUAGCGCACGCGCACUGCUCCGAGCCCGCCAGUGCCCCCGCGGGUACGGACUGCGCAUGUGCUUGACUUGGGGGCGGAGCCCAGGACGAACCCUUCAUCCUAUCCGGCUCAUCCAUCCCUGUCUCAGUGAUAUCUUGAACUACGUUUCCCAGAGGUCCCUUAGGCCAUGGACUUCCGGUGGGGUCAGCGGAAGCGGUGACUGAUCAGACCGGGCCGCACAGAGGCAGGCUUGGUCACUAUGGAGGAAAUAGGCAUCUUGGUGGAGAAGGCUCAGGAUGAGAUACCAGCAUUGUCUGUGUCCCGGCCCCAGACUGGCCUGUCCUUCCUGGGUCCUGAGCCGGAGGACCUGGAGGACCUGUACAGCCGCUACAAGAAACUGCAGCAAGAGCUGGAGUUCCUAGAGGUGCAGGAGGAGUACAUCAAAGAUGAACAGAAGAACUUGAAGAAGGAAUUCCUUCAUGCCCAGGAGGAGGUGAAGCGAAUCCAGAGCAUCCCACUGGUCAUUGGGCAAUUUCUGGAGGCCGUGGAUCAGAAUACAGCCAUCGUGGGCUCUACCACAGGCUCCAACUAUUACGUGCGCAUCCUGAGCACCAUCGACCGCGAGCUGCUCAAGCCCAACGCGUCGGUGGCCCUCCACAAGCACAGCAACGCCCUGGUGGACGUGCUGCCCCCCGAGGCCGACAGCAGCAUCAUGAUGCUCACCUCAGAUCAGAAGCCAGACGUGAUGUACGCGGACAUCGGGGGCAUGGACAUCCAGAAGCAGGAGGUGCGGGAGGCCGUGGAGCUCCCGCUCACCCACUUCGAGCUCUACAAGCAGAUUGGCAUCGAUCCUCCCCGAGGCGUCCUCAUGUACGGCCCACCCGGCUGUGGGAAGACCAUGUUGGCAAAGGCGGUGGCACAUCACACGACAGCUGCAUUUAUCCGGGUCGUGGGCUCAGAGUUUGUACAGAAAUACCUGGGCGAGGGCCCCCGCAUGGUCCGGGAUGUGUUCCGCCUGGCCAAGGAGAAUGCCCCUGCCAUCAUCUUCAUAGAUGAGAUUGAUGCCAUCGCCACCAAGAGAUUUGAUGCCCAGACGGGGGCUGACAGGGAGGUUCAGAGAAUCCUGCUGGAGCUGCUGAAUCAAAUGGAUGGAUUCGACCAGAACGUCAAUGUCAAGGUGAUCAUGGCCACAAACAGAGCAGACACCCUGGAUCCAGCCCUGCUACGGCCAGGCCGCCUCGACCGUAAAAUUGAAUUCCCCCUCCCGGAUCGUCGCCAGAAAAGAUUGAUUUUUUCCACUAUCACCAGCAAGAUGAACCUCUCUGAGGAGGUUGACUUGGAAGAUUAUGUGGCCCGGCCAGAUAAGAUUUCAGGAGCUGAUAUCAACUCCAUCUGUCAGGAGAGUGGGAUGUUGGCCGUCCGUGAGAACCGCUACAUCGUCCUGGCCAAGGACUUCGAGAAAGCAUACAAGACUGUCAUCAAGAAGGACGAGCAAGAGCAUGAGUUUUACAAAUGACCCCUCCCUUUCCUCCCCCACACCCCUCUGGGCUGGGGCUUCUGCCACCUGCCCAGUCCCUCUGUCCCAAAACUUAGUGUUCUUUUCUCUUUACCCAGGAUUGGUUUAUUCAAUAAAUAGAUAAAAUUGAAUCCA